AGUGUACUUUAAGAACGUAUUGAAUUGGAAAUUGAGUGAAACAAACAAAAAGUCAGUGUAAUAUUUACAGAUGAAGUGAGGUUUUAUUUUUGUAAAUUCUCUCGGAAAACGUAGUUCAAACCUUGGCUACAUUGACAGUACCGUUUUAUUUUGUGAGACUGCUACACUCAAAACAGGUAACAGCACUGAGUUAAAAAGAAAAAAAUCAUUUAAAAAACUGACACUGUUGUUACUGCGACUCUUGACGUACCAUUUGCAGAGUGUCUCUGGUUUAAACGCCACAUUAUGACCAGUCGGGGACCGGGAACAGCUGGCUUUUAGAGACACACAGUGGACAUUUCAGCUGUUCAGUCGCUGGUAAUGUGUUUUUCCACAGCAUAUGUUUGAAUUUCAUUUGUAAACGCGUGUGUCAUUAUCAACGCACAGACCCUCCUUCCGAGUAUGUUAUUUGAAGCCUUCACAGACGUAUUUACCCACUGAAGUUGCAGCAAUGGCUUCGGCGCUGAGUUGCUUCGGCGGUCCCGAGGUGUUGGAGGACGCGAAUCACGCUCGGGGUUUGAUGAACGAGUUGAAGUCGCUGUACGACUGUCGGCUGCUCGGGGAUGUCACCAUCGGGGUUGAAUGCGAAGAGGAGUCGCUGGAGUCCAGCGGUGAGUCAGCCAGGGGUGACAUUGACCAACUUUUCCUGUGUAGCCGCAACGUUCUCGCCGCCGCCAGCCCAUACUUCAAGAGCAUGUUCACCGGGGGGUUAAAUGAGAGCAUGCAGGAGAGAGUGGUCAUACGCGGCGUGGACGCCGAGUCCAUGUCCGUUAUAAUCGACUACUGCUACACAGGCAGGGUGACCAUCACGGAGGGCAACGUCCAGAGGCUGUACGCGGCGGCCAACAUGCUGCAGCUCGAGUACAUCAGGAAGGCUUGCUCCAGUUUCAUGACGAGGAGGCUGGACCUCUCCAACUGUGUGGGAAUACUGAAAUUUGCAGACACCUAUGACAAUCCUGAGCUGAAGGAGAAUGCACAAGCUUUCAUAGCCCGGAACUUCAGCCAGGUGUGUAAUGGAGGGGAACUUUGUGAGCUAGAUUUGACGCAGCUGAAGGAGCUGUUGUCUCUGGAUACUUUGGAUGUGGACUGUGAAAGGAAGGUGUGCUCGGCUGCUUUGCAAUGGAUAGAGGCUAAUGCACCACAGAAGAGGGAGGAUGCAUUACAGGCACUGAAGUGUGUGCGCUGGAACCUGUUUACCGAAAAAGAUAAGUGUUACCUGGAGGGCCUCAUGGCACGACCUUUAAUUGAGAAAUACCUUGCAUCUUUCUUUAACAGGCCUACAGAGGAGGGCUGUGCGAUGUCUGCAACUCAGGACAUACCAAAACACAGAAUAGGAGUAAGCGCAAAAGAAAUGAUUCUCUUCUUUGGCCUUCCCAACGACAACAUAAUGUGCUGUGACCCAUACUCUGAGGACCUUUAUUUCAUGGCUCCUCCGUUAGAAGAUCUCAGCAGUCAGGAUUACAAACGCUCCACCAUGGAGUCCUUGAUUGCCUGUGCCACACCUGAAAACAACCUGUACCUUGCCUCUCACCUCUCUAAACACUUCUGGCUGUAUAACUCUGUGAAUAACAGCUGGCAGGAGCUGGCAGAAAGGCCACUGGGGAGGAUACACUCUGGGAUGGGCUACCUCAACGGCCACGUGUACCUUCUGGGAGGAAGAAAUCCAGUGACAGACGCCAGACUGAAGGAGGUAGAGUGUUAUAGCGUCCAGAGGGACCAGUGGACGUUUGUGGCUCCUCUGCCUCACUCUUUGGGUAAAAUGCAGGUGGUGGCAUUAAAUGACCACCUGUACGUUGUAAACAAAAGGAGAAUGCUUUGCUAUGAUCCCAAGAGGAACCGUUGGCGCCACUGUGGGUCACUAAGAAGAGACAAGCUCCACAAGGCCUGCGUAUUUCAGGACCAGAUUAUCUGCGUGUGUGAUAUCCCUGUGGUGAAAGCCUACAGCCCCACCAGGGGGGAAUGGAGGAGGUUGGGUGACAUUCCUAUUGACAGUAGAGCUCUAAAUUACCAGGUGAUCCAACACAACAGCAAACUGCUGCUCCUCACUCAGACUUUGCUGCAACACAACAAAAACAGGGUCCUCAUCCAUGAAUACGACCCAGCCAGGGACGCAUGGAAGAACGUCAUGGCAGUGUAUGUGUCCACCCUGGGGCCCGUGUGUGUUUCGACACGCGUGUACCCAGCGUGCCUGAGCUCUGCUCACAGCUUCUCUACAGAGGAGGACGAUGACAGUGGCUCCAGUGCAGACUGGGACUUCGAUGGGUUGACAGACCCAGACUCUGACUCCGGCAGCUCUAGCUCUUUCUCAGAUGAGAACUGGUAGUGAAAUGUGUUACUGUGUCAAAGAGGAGUUUGACUUAUUUAUAAUUCAAUGGAUUUUUACAGGGUUCUGUCUGCCAGGAGAGGUCACAGAUCCAGAUUCAGUAUUAAAGCCACUAAGUUAGAGGAGAAGAAAAAGAUGUUUAGUACAAAUCUUUGCAUUUUUUUUUACUUGAUAUCUCCUCACAAAUCUGGCUAAUAACUUCACAGGAGGAGGGAAGGAACGUUGCAGAGUUGGUUUCAGUGAUUCUUUUCGAUCUUUUUUACACAGUGAGAAUAAAUGCCAAGAGUCAAGGGCUAUGUUCAGUUUGUAUCAUAUCCUGCCAGCAGGAAGGGCAGUAUGAUAUCUGGUAGAGUCAUGGUGUAGACUCCUGUAACUGUUCAGCAAUAAAUUCCUCCAUAGGGUGGAUGAUCACAUUAAUAAGGGCAGAUCAAUGAGGAGUACUCCAGAGAUGUAGUAUUACACUUACAUAAAAUUAGGAAAACACUGUACCCUGACUUUUUGUCGCCAAGGUCAUGCUUUUAAAACAGUGGCUCCUGCUCUUCCCAAAUGUAGUGGUUUCCAACAUGAGCCUUUGCAGUGUAGAUCCAGAGAAAAAGUUUAACAUGCCUUUCCACCGCAGAGACAUUUUAAUGUGUUGAACACAGCUGUCACUUAUAUGCUAAUUAAUUGCUGCAUUGCAUUGCAAUAACUGCUGGAACUGAGCCAUUGUUAAUAUUGUUAGAUCCAUCUGUGCUUUUCAUGCUAUGACAAGUCAAAGUGUCUGGUGUAAAAACAUCUGUAAAUCUGAUUUAAGAGUGAUCUGAUGCUAUCGAGGCUAUCAAGAAUCAAUUAGCAAGCAAAAUGACAUUUAAAAUACAGGAUUAAUGGACAGGUUUUUCACUAUAGCAGGGAUGCUUUGUGUGUCAAAAAAGAAAAAAAAAAAAUUGGGAACCACUGCCAUAUCAUAAUGUAAUUGCUUCUUUCAUCAGAUCCUUGGUGAACAUUUUUCACACUUGUAGUUUGUAAAACAGACCGUCUGUUAAGAGUUUGUGAAUCCCAAACCCAAGCUGAGAUACGCAGGUGUCGUAACUUGUGAAUAUUCUUUAGACUUGACAAAGCUCUCUGAGAGCUACAAAAGACAUUAUAUGUGAAACUGUUUGCACAUGCCGAGUCGUACUCCACAUGAUAAGUAUAUUAACAUGUUUGUGUUAAAUCAGUGGGGGCUCCCUUUAAUGCUUUAAGAGUUAGUUCUUGUGUUAUAUAAAGGUAAGUUUGUGACAGAAUUAUUCGCUGGUAACAUGUUAUUUCGCUUGAAUACAGGAACACACCUGCUUAUGAUCGGUGAAAAACCGUGACUGUGACUUUCGGGACAUCAGGCAGCUCAAGUGCCUCGUGUUAAUGACUUGAAACACAACUGGUCAUUUACAGGGCUUUAAAAUUUGCUGUCCUUUUUAUGUUGUUGAUGCACAUCAAGGUGUCACACACAGCUGGUGUUGUGAAAACUACUGUAUAAAAUGUAGAAGCCAAUGUACUGUACAUUCACUCAGGUUUAGGCUUGAGCAAAAGCCUGUAUGCCAUGAUUGACUUUUUUUUUUUUUUUGGAGAUGUAGUGAAAUUAGGUAGCUUUGGUGACAAAUUCUAAAUUGUAUUAAAUUUAUUUGAAACUAUUUUAUUGUGUGUAUGUAUGUAUUUUUGUAUCUAUUAUUUUUUUUAAACAUAUAUGUUGCGAUCAGAAAUCAAAGUGUUUUGAGUAUUGUUUGGUCCUAAUGAAUUGUGUGGGGAAUUUUGUGUGCAUGUAUACAACUGUUGUGAAGCCACUGCCCUCACCAACCACCCAGUACACUCAGUUACCAGUUUAUUAGCUGUGUUGAAACACAUUGAAGUGCUUUUAAUCUGUCUAAGCUAAUGUUGUAGACAAAACAUUAGAAACACCUCUCAGUAUAAAGCAAAACCACAGCUUCCAAAAUGUUGAUGAAGUUGAGUCAGCACCUGUAAAACUCUUUUAGCAUGCACAGAACAUUAUAACCCUCAUGAAUGUAGGAUUUAUUACAGGGCAGACGGUAUUAGUUUGAGCUAGUUGUACCUGAUAAACUGGUAAAUGAGUGUAGUUCUGCUGUUGUGUCUUUAUGAUGAUUAUUGCAGUGUUAUAUUUUUGAAUGUGUGUGUGUGGUGUGUAUGUGUGUGUGAAGGGGAAGUGUUGGUUGGCUGUGGUAACACAUGUGGUCUGGAUUAUAAAGCUGUUUCUGGUGUAUGUGUCAAAUAAACGUGUCAGAUGCAGAAGUGUA